AUGGCAGGGAAGACCAUUAUUCAGCAGCUGCAGAACCCAUGUGAGAACUUUGGACUGGAUCUGCACAGCGCUCCUGAAACCCCUCCUCAAACUCCUGCACGAGAGGCUAGGAGACACUACGGAUUUCCUGAACAAGGAAGCAGCUAUGAAGGCAGCAACUUCCCAUGGAGCAGCUAUGAUAGCAGCUACUUCCCAGGAAGCUGCAAAGUGCACUACACAAAUACUGGAAAGAAAAAUGUUGUUAUAGUUGUAGGAGAGCAGGAACUGGAAGAAUCCAUUAAGGAGGAGUGGAGAAGGAAGGACCGAACAACUGUAACAAAUAUCUUGGAGGGUUUGGAUAUGAUAGAGGCUAAUGGGAACAUAGAGAAAGUUUUCAGGAUGGGCGGCUACAAGAAGGAAACGAAACGACCGAUAAAGUUUGUGCUCAUGAACAAGGUAACAAAAGAAGAAAUCCUGUCCAGAAAGAGCAAACUUAUGAAGCUAGAGGAAUACAAGGAUGGUUUCUUCACUCUUGGGACACAAGUCACUCCUGAGACACUAGUUACUCCUGAGACACAAGUCACUCUUGAGACACAAGUCACUCCAGAGACACAAGUCACUCCAGAGACACAAGUCACUCUUGAGACACAAGUCACUCCAGAGACACAAGUCACUCCAGAGACACAAGUCACUCUUGAGACACAAGUCACUCCAGAGACACAAGUCACUCCAGAGACACAAGUCACUCCAGAGACACAAGUCACUCCUGAGACACAAGUUAUUCCUGAGACACAAGUCACUCCUGAGACACAAGUCACUCUUGGGACACAAGUCAUUCUUGGGACACAAGUCAAUCUUGGGACACAAGUCACUCUUGGGACACAAGUCACUCCUGAGACACUAGUUACUCCUGAGACACAAGUCACUCUUGAGACACAAGUCACUCCUGAGACACUAGUUACUCCUGAGACACAAGUCACUCUUGGGACACAAAUCACUCCAGAGACACAAGUCACUCCUGAGACACAAGUCACUCCUGAGACACAAGUCACUCCUGAGACACAAGUCACUCCUGAGACACAAGUUAUUCCUGAGACACAAGUCACUCCUGAGAGACAAGUUACUCUCGAGACACAAGUCACUCCUGAGACACAAGUCACUCCUGAGACACAAGUCACUCCUGAGAGACAAGUUACUCCCGAGACACAAGUCACUCCUGAGACACAAGUCACUCCUGAGACACAAGUCACUCCUGAGACACAAGUCACUCCUGAGACACAAGUUAUUCCUGAGACACAAGUCACUCCUGAGACACAAGUCACUCCAGAGACACAAGUCACUCCUGAGACACAAGUCACUCCUGAGACACAAGUCACUCCAGAGACACAAGUCACUCUUGGGACACAAGUCACUCCAGAGACACAAGUCACUCCUGAGACACAAGUCACUCCUGAGACACAAGUCACUCCUGAGACACAAGUCACUCCUGAGACACAAGUCACUCCUGAGACACAAGUCACUCCUGAGACACAAGUCACUCCUGAGACACAAGUCACUCCAGAGACACAAGUCACUCCUGAGACACAAGUCACUCCUGAGACACAAGUCACUCCUGAGAGACAAGUUACUCCCGAGACACAAGUCACUCCUGAGAGACAAGUUACUCCCGAGACACAAGUCACUCCUGAGACACAAGUUAUUCCUGAGACACAAGUCACUCCUGAGAGACAAGUUACUCCCGAGACACAAGUCACUCCUGAGACACAUGUCACUCUUGAGACACAAGUCACUCCUGAGACACAAGUCACUCCUGAGACACAAGUCACCCCUGAGACACAAGUUACUCCUGUGACAAAAGUCACUCCUGAGACACAAGUUACUCCUGUGACACAAGUCACUCCUGAGACACAAGUUAUUCCUGAGACACAAGUCACUCCUGAGACACAAGUCACUCCUGAGACACAAGUCACUCCUGAGACACAAGUCACUCCUGAGACACUAGUCACUCCAGAGACAUAA